AAUUGCCUCUCAUAAAAUCUUUUUCUUUUCCAUUCCUAAUUUAUAGCCCAUUUUUAUGAUAUUAAAAAUAAAAUCUGCGAGGUUUUGCAGUGGAGUUGUGAUGGAGACGGUUUCAUUGGAAGUAGUUGGAGCCUUGGAGGUGACAACUGUAUCACGAAGAAUCAUUGUUACUAGUGGAAGGUGCAGGGCCUGUAAUUUAGUCGAAGUGCACCAAAGCUAUCCCGCGAAAAAAAUGCUUCAUAAAGAAUCAUAUGAUCAGGACAACCAAGCCUAUGAAAUUCUCGAUUUCCUAAUACACAAACUUAGUUUAAAUGAUUCGAUUUUCAAGCUUAAUGAGCAGUUUCACUUGGCGCCAAAAUGGAACGUAUCCGAAAUUCAAAAUUUCUCAUAUACCCGACUUCAAUGCAACUGAGCUAUGGCUUGUUUCAAUCCUCCAAAGGCUGAAAGAACCAAAACUUAUUCAACAAGUUCAUGCCCACAUCGUUGUCUCUGGUCUUUUUCGGAGGACGCGUCUUUGUAACAGAUUGAUGAAUUCAUAUGCAUCAUGUCGACAUAUAGGAGAAAUCAACAAAGUUUUUUGUUUUAUAGAGCACAAAAACUUGGUUUCUUGGACCAUAUUGAUAAAUGGGUUUACAAAGAAUGGUUUUUUUGUUGAAGCUAUUGAGAAAUUUGGGCAGAUGGUUAAUUGUGGGUUAGUGCCUAAUGCAAUUACAAUUUCAAGUGUUUUACCUGCUAUCGGAAAAUUAAGGUUGAUCCUGAUGGGGAAAUCACUUCAUUGUUAUUGGGUUAAGCAAGAGUAUGGAUGUAAUGUGUUUGUGCAAAGUGGAUUGGUUCAUAUGUAUUCAAAAUUGGGGUGUCCGAUUGCUGCCAGAUAUGUGUUUGAUAGUAUGUCUGAGAGGAAUGCUGUCUCGUGGAACGCGAUUAUUUUUGGGUAUUCUAAUAAUGGUAUGGUAGAGGAAGCAAUUGGACUAUUCAAUUUAAUGAGAAGGAGCUUGUUAAUGGAUACAUUUACGAUAAUGAGUUUGGUUUCUGCUGCUUUUGGGGUUGGGGAUUUAAAAAUAGUUACUCAAAUUCAUGGUUUAGUAGUUAAAUCUGGUCAUGAUAAAAGCCAACCUGUUGAAACUCGUCUGAUGGAGAUGUAUAUUGAUGUAAACUUUGUUGAUGAUGCUUAUUGUAUAUUCUUUGAGAUGUCUGUAAAAGAUGUAGUUGCUUGGACAUUGAUGUUAACUGGGUUUGUAAAGAGUGCAAACUUGAGUAUGGCGGUAGAACAUGUCAACCAGAUGAUGGCCACAGAAGACGUGGAACUUGAUUCUGUUGCUCUGAUUGGCAUCCUUUCAGGAUGCAGCAGUUCAGGAGCUUUGCAGCAAGGCAGGAGGGUGCAUGCAUUGGUAAUAAAAAUUGGGAUUGAAAGCGAUACUUUUUUGGGAUCAUCUAUUAUAGACAUGUAUGCAAAUUGUGCUAAGUUGGGUGAUGCGAGAAGAUUUUUUGAAGGGAUGGCUGUGAAAGAUGCUGCAUGCUGGAAUGCAUUAAUUGCUGGUAAUGGGAUGCAUGGGUACGGUAAUGAUGCAGUACACCUUUUCCAGGAGAUGCAAGAUUUAGGUAUAGAUCCAAAUGAGUCAACCUUGGUUUCUGUCUUGAGUGCUUGCGGUCAUGGUGGGUUGGUUGAACAAGGAUUGUAUAUUUUUGACAAUAUGGUAGCAAGAUGGAACCUUUUCCCCAAUCAAAAGCACUACGCAUGUGUUGUUGACCUUCUUGGACGUGCAGGGAGAUUAAAUGAUGCUUACUCAGUAAUUAGUAACAUGCAUUUGCAACCAGGUGUGGAUGUUUAUGGUGCUUUGCUUGGUGCUUGUAAAGCUCAUGGGAAUAUUGAGCUAGGUGUUGAGGUAUCACAGAGGCUUUUUGAGCUAAAGCCAGAAGAUGCAGGAUAUUAUGUACUUCUCUCAAAUAUUUAUGCUUUGUCCGGAAAUUUGGAGGGUGUAAAGUCAACCAGAUCAUUACUCAGAUCAACAGCUUUAAAGAAGGAUCCAGGCCUGAGCUCAGUCGAGAUAAAUGGAGCAAUUUACACAUUUAUGGCUAGCGAAAAGGAUCAUCCACUAUAUCCUGAAAUCUCUAGGUUUCUGAAGGACUUAAUAUUCAGAAUACAAGAAGAAGGAUAUGUGCCUGAUACAAAGUCUGUUUAUCAAGAUGUGGCAGAAGAUCUGAAAAAGGAUAUUCUUUAUCACCACAGUGAGAAGUUGGCGAUUGCUUUUGGAUUGAUGAGAACAAAACCAGGAGCAAUCAUACGGGUGACGAAAAAUCUCCGAGCAUGCAAUGAUUGCCACUCUUCGUGUAAAUAUAUCUCCAAAGUUUUCGGAAGAGCGCUAGUCAUCAAAGACAAAAACCGCUUUCACGUUUUCCAUGGUGGGAACUGUUCAUGUGGGGACUAUUGGUGACACUGACACUGAUUAAUCAACAUUAAUUUAUCCCUCUAAACCACCUCAUCUAGACUCUGAUAUCAACAUUAACUUAUCUCUCUAAACCACCUCAUCUGAAAAUCUCUGAGAGUAAUUUAUACUACUCCGUUUGAUGUUUAUAUCCAAACCAAAUGGUGGAGCAUUUCGAAUGGACCAUGAACAUCAUUCAGCAUCAACUUAUCCUCAAAUAAUUCUGACCAGACUAAUGAAGGAGAAGUACCUAAAGAUCAUAUUGCACUGCAGAUGCUGGAUGAAGAGAUGACUUCUUUCCCUAAUUUGGAGGUACUAUUGCAGCUUUAAUCACUGUAAGACGAGAUUUUACAAUUCAUUAUUGAUGGUAAAUGUUCAAAUUUCAGCUACCAGUCUGUAAUAGUACUAAGAUUCCACUGUAGUGGGGUUAACAAGCAUCUAUAUUUUUGUUUCCUUUUUUACUUUUGCUCUAUCUAUAUGUCCAAAUCUGACAUAAAAAACCUUCUCCUGUAAGACUUCCAUUCAUGGAUUUCCUAGACCAACAAAGAGAAGACUAUAUCUUGUUAAGAUCAUUUUUAUUAGACUAGAUAUUGCCUGGUGUAAGCAGAAAGGAAGUUGAUAAUAGAAGGUAUGCAGACAAAAGCAGGUUUAGUAAUACUGCCUCAUGAGCCAUGUUAUGCGAUUUUGUAUGUUCUUUCUUGUUUUACUUGAGCAACAUUCUUUGCGACUGUUAAUCAGCAAAAAACAUUGCAUUGGUUACCAUUUUAAAUUUGAAAUUUUGAAUGAAAUGUUGUUUGCAGAUAACGUUCCUUUUUCCUGUGAUUCAGUUUUUUUUAAUUUAAAUAAAUAAGAGAUGACAACGGAUAUAAAGGUCAGUGAGUUAACUGAUUCUGUAUUUUUUUAGAUAGGACUAUAGGAAAAAAUUAAAUCCAUCCUAAAUUUGCCCAAAGAUUCGUGAUAUCAACUAAUCAAGACAUCAGUAUCCCAAGUUCUUAAAAGUUAUUUUGGUUUAGUAAUGUAAAGGUUUCACAAUACACUAAACAAAAGCAAAAUAUUGAACUAUCCAGCUUGUGGUGUUCAAAGUAAAAUAUGUCAAUCUAAAAGCAAAAUUUACUUGAAUGAACUUUUGUUUGCAACAGUACGGUGAUGGCUGAUUAUUGAACUUUAUUUCGGGGCGGUUUAAGGCUUGAAACAGAUUUCCAAGUACAUCAAAUGGACCGUUUAUGAUCAAAUCUUUUGGAUGUUUUGUACUUAGCUUUUUCUAUGUUUUAAGCUUUCACUUGGCCAUGCAUUGGCUAUAUUUACAGAUGAUACCUAUUCUUUUCCAUCCUGGAUCUAUAUCAGAUCUUUGAUUUAGUGGAGUCGGAAAUACUAUGCCUAGUAGUGUCACUGGUAAAUCAUCAGCCAACUUAUGGUUAUGCACCAUUCAUGUUGGUGUCAAGUUGAAGCCUUGAAGAAAAACGGGCCUAGCGAAUCCCUGUAUGCCAAAACCACGGAGACACUGGUGUCGAUCCAAAAGCGGCUUCCAUGCGGCUCAACAUGGACUGCGAUUCAGCUGCAGAGAUUGAGGAGGCUGAUAAGAGUGAUGACCCUGAAGUUCCUGCAGCUGUGGGAUAAGAUAUGGUGCUCCGUACUUGGUCUCUGCAUACCCGUCAUCAUUGGCAUUUCUGUUGUGCUGAUUCUGUUUUAUAUUUCCCUCCAGUGAAAGUUUUGCCAUUUUUGUAUCUGAUUUCUUUCCAUGUACUAAAUCUUGGUGGACACAGUUACGCGGUACCUCCGCAAGUGGAAGGUAGCAGGUACUCAGUGAACUAGUCGAGGUCUGCACUAGCACCCAGACACCAUCAUUACACACACAAAAAAAAAAAAAGCAGAUUCUCAUGGAAUGAAACAACUGUAUUUCAUUUUGCAUGUUCUGGAGGAAUGGGUACUUGAAGGGAUAAAUCUCUUUCAUAUGCAGUGUUGGAGCACUGUUGUCUUUCUUUUGUGAUUUAUAUGCCUACAUUAUUCUAUUCUCCAUGCUUUGGUUGGUUAUAUACUUAUAAGCAACCGUGUGGCUGCAUGUUCACUGCAUUAUUUAACUUGUUUGAGGCCCAAACGCACGAGUGAAGUUGACUUAAUUAGGACAAAUUGUUAUGUCAAUUGUUUAUUUUA